AUGGAGUCCCCGGACCACGCUGCCUCGCGCCGGCUUGACCACGUCGUCAAGCGCGUCUCGCGGGCUUGUCUGCAUUGCAGGCAGCGCAAGUCACGCUGUGACCUUGAUAGCAAUGGGAAUCCUGGCAAGCCGCCGUGCCAGCGGUGUGUUCGCGAGCAUCGCGAAUGUGUACUCGGUGGCUCGAAUCGAGGUGGACGUCGCAUUCGCAAGAAUAAGAUUAAAAAUUUUACACCAGCUCAGGAUCCUUCGCCGAGUAAGGACUCUGAGGAGACUGAAAGUCCGGCCACCUCAGAGGUCCGCCGGGCGCCAUCUGCUUCUUACCCUGGACCUGUCGUCUUUCUUCCGCCAAUUCCUCCAGCUAGUACCACUGCUGGCUCUGCCGGUGCUUCCACGUCGGUAGCCGUCGAAGAUGAGGACGAAGCUUCAAUUGACUCUGUGCCUCGAAAUCCUUCCGACGCCUGGCAAUGCCUGACGGGUAUCGCCACUCACAGUGCGGAGACGGCGCCAGAGGGCCGUGCCAGCACCCAUGUACGGACUGACUCUAUGUCGACGUAUAAUGGUCUACGCACUGGCAUUGUAUCUGAUUACAAUGUUCCGACCACCGGGAUCAGAGCCUAUCGCCUCGUCCAGUCCCGAUCACUGGACCCAGGAACCGUGUGGCAGCUGGUCACUCGCUAUGCCGAAAACUUCCACCCAUAUCUUCCCCUCGUACCACGAAAAUACUUCGAGCGCUCAGCCCUUGACGACUUUGCCAAUAACGAAAAACAUCUCCUCACUGCUGUUCUCACCAUUGCAUCCAAGGACCUCGUCGACCGUCCCGAAAUCCACGAGUACUGCUCCAAGUUCAUGCACGAGCUGAUUUCGGGCAUCGCCGCUGGCGCAGAAUGCGACGUAGAAGCCGUCGAGGCACUGCUAUUACUAGCAGAAUGGGAACCGCAGGGUCUCCGUCCACGCAUUGAGCGCGUCGGUCGUGGCGAGGAAGACCGCGCUGCGUGGAUGCACGUCGGACUCGCCCUGCGCUCAGGAUACUUCAUCGGACUUGAUAGGACAUCCUUCCGGGGAGAUCCGUACGGUGAUCAAGAAUCAGAAGCCCGUCGACGAUUGGCCUGGGCCAGUUGCUAUGUAUCGGAUCGAUUGAUCUCAGUACGCAUUGGGCGUGCAUUCUGGUCGCGUGGACCGGGACCGAUGACCGGUCUAUCGAGCCAGGAUUUCCCGUCGCUACAGCCUGCCAAGGAGGGUGAUGAGGAUUACUCGAAGAUCUAUCAGGCGAUGCUGGACCUCACGCAGUUGUAUGGAAAUGUGCAUGAGGUCUUGUACUCGGGUAUGCGUACGAGUAAUCAGAUGAUGUUGAUGGGCGACUAUGUGAAAUACGUCGAUGACUUUCGGCUGGCCAUCUUGCGAUGGAAGUCGCUCUGGGGGCCUUUGGACUGCUCGCCGCCAAUGCGCGCAACAUUGCAAUUGUCAUAUGAAUAUCUACGUCUAUAUACUACUGCAUUCGCCUUCCAAGCUGCAAUCUCGCAAUCUCUAGCAAAGCCAAAGACGGACAGGAGUACGCACCGGGAGCAAUUGAGGUCUACGUUCAAGAACGUGGCUUCGAUGCAGGACUCGCGGUUUAUCUACGAGUCUGUUGAUGCAGCAAAGGCCUACUUGACUAUUUUGGUAGACUCGGUCGAUCCAGAGAGGCAUUUGCAUUUCAUGCCUCUCCGGUUCUAUCUAUAUGGUAUCUACUCUGCCGUCUUCCUUUACAAGGCCCGCUCCUUUGGCAUGAUGGUUCCCUCCGAGGAAGCCAAAGUCCAGGGUUUAGUAGCUCGAACUACAGAAGUUCUUAGGCAAGCAAGUGCCGGUCCCGACGAUAUCGGAUCGCGGUACUCUCGCCUACUAGAACUUCUCUGGCGGACAAAGCCGUCCAUGAGCAGUGCCAACACAUCCGCAGAAUCGCAGCAGAACAGCGACUUCUCAAUGCAGACAGCAUUGGCCAAUCCAGUCACAGACCCCACAUACAUGGACUUUAGUCCUGCAAACGACUUCUCCUGGCUGGACCUGGAAGCCGUGGGCGACUAUGUCUCCGGCGAUCAAAUUCCGGGUGGCCUGCUGGGUCUAGAUACAUUCCAGAACGGAUCUGAUCCAUACCAACCAGGGCAGGACCGGUCGCAGGUUUGGCAGCCAUCGGCCUGGCUGGGUGACAUGAGCAGCAAUCUCCUCUUUUAG